CUCUGCUCUCUUAUUCACGCAGGGAGGAGGAAGAAAGAUGGUGUCGUGUCGGAGGUUUGCUCAGGUGUACUCGAGUGACGACGAAGAGGACUCUCUAGCGAAGAUGUUGUCUCAGGGACAGAACUCAAGGAGACCUAAGGAAACAAUGGAGGGAAAAAUGAGGAAGCGUAAGAAGGUGAGCCUGAACGAAGAGUCUGAUGGGGAAGAGGAGGAGACAGAGAGGAAGAAGAAGAAAGAUGACGAAGAAACGCCGCCGAAGGAAUUGGAUCCCGAUGACGCGAAACCGGUUGGUGAGCCGGUUAAAGUUACGGGUAGAGGAACCCAUUACGGGCAGUUCGAAUACGGCGGUAACAGAUACAAGCUGGUGAGUUACAUCAUGCUUUCCCUUUGCACCUGAAUGCUUUGUUUCUUUUUUUUUUUUUUUUGAUAAGUCCAAAGAAGAUAUGCUUUGUUUCUAGCCUCUCUGACAUUCCUUUCUUGAACAGGAGGAUUCGGUGCUGUUGCAUCUAGAAGACAAUAGUCUUGAGCCUUAUGUUGCCAUUAUCAAGGUACUGAAUUUUUGUAUAUGCUGGUCUUGGGUAAAGCCAAAUGAAACAUUGACCUUAAGCACCCCAAAAUUUUGAAAAAAAUUACAUAGACAGGCAAAAAAAAAAAAAUAAUUUACGCCUUCAAAUUUGCAAAAAAAAAAAUAGUUGAAAUAUUUAAUAAUCGCAUAUGGCCUCUUAAAUCUUGUUGUGUCAUCCAUUUCACUUGUUUUUUUUUGGGGUAGGAUAUUACAAAAAGACAAGAUGGAAGCAUGAUGAUUCUGGUACAAUGGUUUUAUCGUCAAGAAGAUGCAAAGAAAAAGGAUGGUGGAAAAUGGGUAGUAAAUGAUACACGUGAACGUUUCUACAGUUUCCAUCGUGAUGAGGUCCCAGCAGAAUCAGUGAUGCAAAGAUGCGUGGUGAAUUUUGUUCCAGCACAUAAGCAACUUCCGAGUGGCAGAGGUUUUAUCGUGCGAAAGGUGUAUGAUACGGUUGAUAAGAAGCUGUGGAAGUUGACUGACAAGGAUUAUGAAGUUGCAAAACAACGUGAAAUUGACCUCUUUGUGGAUAAGUCAUUGGCGCGAUUGGGUGAUCUUCCUGACUUUGAAACUGAAGAAGAUGUAGAGAAGGCUAAAAGAUUUUCCGGGAAAGUAAAAAAACCUCAUGUUGAUCUUAGAAAGGACAAAGAUGUCUUUCCUAUUUCAUCAGAGUAUCAUUCUAUCUUAGACAAGUUUGAUUCACUAACAGAUAAUUCUCAUCGUAACGAAUGUUUGGCGAAGCUUCUGGAAGCAGUCCAGAGCAUAUGCUUUAAUGCUGGUGAUGAAGCAAAUGUGAGUUCCAAAUAGUCUCUAUUUUCACGCACUCACCUUUCAUUAACCCUUUUGUUUAAACUGCUUGAUAGGAUGAGAGCUUUCUCUGGCCAGAUGCUGCUGUUUCUCCCGUGUGUGCCCUUGAGCUGGCUAUAAAUGUUUCUUAUGCAUCAGAUUAUUCUAAAUACAAUCAAAGGAUAAGGACAUUGGCAUUCAAUCUGAAGGUUAGAAUCUGCAUUCAUGCCAUUUCAUGAUUAUCUCUGCACGUAUGCUCCAUAUUCUUAACCGUUGUUGAUCUAUGAAUUGAAUGUGACAUUCUUAUAUGACAUGCUAAAAUUUGUAUGCCUUUAUGAUCAUUGAAAAUUAGUUCCAUUUUGUUUUGUCUGUAGAACACUGCACUGCUGGCUAAACGACUGCUCAGUGGCGAGUUAGAACCUGAAAAGAUUUCGAACAUGUCACCCACUGAGUUAAAGGUUAGGGAAUUGUUAUACUAUCAUAUUACUAUCAUAUUUGUAAACAGAUUAAUCUUAAUCUUGCUUUCUGCUAUAAUGGGUAAAUAGUAAUGAUUAUUUCUUAAACUUUAAACUAAUAAGAUUUGUUUUUUAUGGGAUUCAGGUGGGUCUAACUAAUGAGGAAACAGAGAAGAAUGAGCCUGAUGAUGCGGAACGAAUGCAGGUUUUUUCAAUUAUGACAGCCAAAGUUUUAUCGAGUUUCUUGGAUUUGUGUUGGAGACUGUCUUUGACCAUGCCAUGUGUUGGCUUUUGAUGCAGAUGACUGAUGUAAGAUGCUCGAGAUGCAGUCAUAUUAAAGUUGGCCUGAGAGAUAUCGUUCAAGCUGGGCAUCGAGAUCGCUAUCAGGUUCUUUUGCCUUUCAAUAUUACGUCAUCUAUUCUCGGCACGAUCUUAUGCAUAUUCAUGGAUCAUAAUAAUCACAUUCUGAUUUUUUAUGCAUUUAGUUGGAGUGUAUUGCCUGUGGAAAUUCCUGGUACACCUCAAGGGAUGAGGUAGUAUCCUCUAGCUGUAGAUACUGAACAACCUGCCUAAGGUACAAGGAGUGAGGACGUUGAGAAGAAUUUAACCAGUCCUGAAGCUGAGAAGAAAAUGACAUAAGAUUCCUUGAAGACAACCAAUGACUCAAAUGCUGACAACAAUCCUGAAGCCACCAAGAAACCUGAGUGAAGAAAGUUUAUUUAGGGUUUUGGGUAUGAAAUCUGUAAAAUAAACUUGAUAUGUUUUCUUAGUGAUCUUAAACUUGUACAAAAGAUAUAUAUACAUUCCGUAUGACGGUUUAACCAUAAACCCUAUCGGGCUUUACUAACACAGCCCAAUACUCUCCCUCAAGUUGGAGCAUGAAGAUUGAGAAUGCUCAACUUGGACACUAAACGCUCAAAUUGUUGUCUCCCUAAAGCCUUUGUUAGAAGAUCAGCCAGCUGUUCAUGAGUGCGGACGUGAGGUUUUGCGAUUGUUCCAUCAAGAACUGCAUCUCUAACCGCAUGACAAUCAGAUUCUACAUGCUUUGUUCUUUCAUGAAAUACCGGAUUUGCUGCGAUGUAUAUAGCUGCUUGAUUGUCGCAAAAGAGAUGAACAGGGGUUGUGUGCGGGAAACGAAGUUCUUUGAGCAGUUGUAGAAGCCAUAAUAUCUCAUCCAAAGUGUGUCUCAUAGCGCGAUACUCGGCUUCAGCCGACGAAC